AUGCUUUCAAUUGAAAAAUGUUGCUCUGCAUGCAAAAUGACCGGUCAUAAAUGCAGCAACCAUAGAAGCUGCCCCAUGAACCGAAAGAAUUGUACUCUUCUCAUUCCUCAAAAGAGAACAAGCAAUGUUGUCUCCACUGAAGUGGAAUAUCCUGCAGAGAGCAGUAGAUCUACUAAUAUGAGAGUGAGAAGAGAAUCUCCUGAAGAUCAAGUAGUGCUUCAAGAGGCUACAAGUCCUGUGAUUCCUGAAACCGAAUCUGAGAAAAUUGAAUCUGAGAAAAUCGAUACUGUGGACACUGAUAUUAAACCUUCUGAUGAUUCUGAAGAAUCUGAUAAUGACAAAGAAGAGAUAGUUGUGCCAGCUGCAAUUGUUAGAUUUUGCCCAACAUGUCACAGAGAAGAUCAUCGUCAUAAUACAAACAGACUGUGUCCUUUCAAUUCCAGAUAUACCAGGAAUGACUCCAGUAAUCAACGUUUGGCUACAGAGAAUAUUGCCCGACUUCCAGCUCUCUGUGAGCCAGAAGUUGAUAACAAGAGAGAAAUGAACGUUGAAUGUAGCUCAUGCAGAGCUUUGAUGUGGAUGGACAAAAGAAAUGGAAAAGCAUCAUUGAGAAAUCCAACCUUUAGCAUGUGUUGUGGAAAUAGAACAUCUGUUCUUCCUAGCCUUGAGCCAACCCCACCUGCAAUUGCUGAACUUCUUAACAAUAGAACUCGAGAUGAAAAACAGUUCCUUUCCAAAAUCAGAAGCUAUAAUGGCACAUUGAGUUUUACAUCAUUGGGAGCAAACAUUGACCACAGUGUAGCAAACAAUAAAAGCGGAGCUUACAACUUCCAAAUCCACAGAACAGUAUGCCACAGAAUAGGGUCAAUCACUCCUUCUCAAGUUCAACAUUGGCAGCAUCAGGCUUCAUAUUUGAGUAGAGAAGUGCUUGAAAAGUUGCAAUCGGUCUUGGAGGAGACCAACCCUUUUAUAUCUUUGUUCAGAUCCAUGGAACAAGUUUCUCACAAUAAUGGCCAUACUGCAGAUUUAACCUUGCGCUUGAUUGCAGAGGGACCUCAGAAUCAAAGACAGUACAACGCACCAACCACCAAUGAAGUAGCAGUUUUGAUUAUGAACAAUGAUAUAUGCACAACAAGAGAUAUUGUUCUGCAUACACAUACAAAUGACCUUCAGUCCAUAAAUGACCGCCUCAUGUAUUGUUGCAAUUCCCAACAUCAUCUCCACCUCUUUGGCCAUCUUUUUCAGCAAUUUAUUGUUGAUAUGUAUGUAAAAGUUGAACAUAACAGACUGCACUACAUAAACGCCAACCAAGACAGACUCAGAGUAGACAUUUACUCUGGAAUACAAGAUGCAAUUAGCUUAAAUGAUAAUGAUAUUGCCAAUAUUAGAAAGAAGGUUAUCCUUCUAUCUUCUUUCAUUGGUAGCCCACGACAUAUGCGCCAGUUAUACCAGGAUGCAAUGAGUAUUGUCCAUCAUUUUGGUAAACCAGAUCUAUUUAUUACUUUUACCUGUAAUCCCAUCUGGCCAGAGAUUACCAGCUCUCUUUUGUCUGGGCAAAAGGCUAACGGCUGA